AUGGGCGAAGAAAUAGCUAAACCGAGUGGUCGCAAACGGGGUCGUCCUCGCACUGUGACUGAUGAUCAAGAAGUGCCAGAGAGACGUCGCAAACAACUCCGCCUCGCGCAGCAAGCAUAUCGCAAACGAAAGGAGACCACGAUCGGCAACCUCCAGAAUCGUGUACACGAAUUAGAAACCGGCAUCGAGAAUAUCAGCCAGUCUUUCCUCUCCUUCAGUACUCUUCUUAUAGAAGAGCGAAUCCUCUUACAAUAUCCGCAUAUCGCAUCGGCCCUUCAAAACUUAACUCAACAAUGUGUGUCACUUGCGAAGGCCGGGAGUGAUGAACCGACUGAGGCUCUCCCGCUCGUUCGGGUCGCAAAAGAGUCCCGAGUCACAAAUAAUAAUACAGACAAGACAUCAGUUCUGGAUAACGCCUACUCAGAAGCUUCAACAGAUGCCGAGGAUAUAAUACAAUCAGCUACCACAAGCUGGCCCAGCCCUCCUACCCCGCCAUAUCAAGAUCAAUCCGUCCUGCCGUUCAACCUCAUGUCAUCACCUACCGUUCAAUUUCCUUAUAUGACUCCGCCGUUAUCAAACUCCCCAACGCUAGAUCUACUAUCUAGUACUAUAACGCCGGGCAGGCAAUGGAAUAUCGCACAACGUCUAGUCCGGGCUUGUUCUCAGAAUGGGUACCGCCUCCUUCUGAGCAAUCCAAACCAAUCCAUACUCCAGCAUAUCUUUGGGUCUAUCCCGAGUCUGCCAGAACGCAAUCGUCUGCUCUCGGGAUUUUGCGCUGUCAUGCAAGACAAGACCGGUGAUCUAGCAGAUUCCAAGUCUAACGUGUUUUACGCCCUGCGGUCCAGUCUGAACAUACUCUCGGGUGAACAACCUCAGGUUUCAUCUAGAACAUGGCAGAUUGCGCUCGAAUCAGCCUCUGGUGAUUGGUUGGAUGCCAACGGAGUCCAAAGAUAUCUGUGCGACAAAAGAGUGAUCAUUGAAAAUUCCUCUGAUUCCUCUGGUCAUCUUGAUUAUUCAGUCUCGUCAUCACUUGAUGUAACGACCUUCGUCAAAAGUGAGUUCUUGGAGACAAAAUGUACGGAAGAUAUCCACUAA